GUCGCACAUGUGAUCAGUGAAACGUCCUUUCCUUUUCCUUUUUUUUUCUUUCCUUUAUCGACUGCAAUUUUCCGGAAAAAAAAACCGCGGACACAAGUAACCUGUGAUUGUGAGUUCCAAGUGGCAGUAGAACUUCUUCGAUAAGAGAAGACGGAGCAAAUGUAAGUUACCGUGAGACAUUAGUGUUGUAAUUUUCGCGUUGACCAGUUCUAAAGCCCUGCGCGUUCGCCCUGUCUCUUCCCUCGAGAAGUUUGCGAUCUCGCCUACGAAUUUCCCCCUUGAAAGAUUCGCGCCUGAGCGUAUUCCGUUCGAGUAGGAUCCCGACGUAGUGCGAGCCGACCACGUGUAUUACACGCGUGCACGUGUGGUGCGACAAAGUGAUUAAUGUACCUGUAUUUCGAUUGUAAAGCGGCGAGAUGAAUAAUAACCACUACGACGGUGAGACCACGCCGGAGGAGACCGCGGAGGAAGACAACAUUGUCGUUGACCAGAUGAGCUCGCAGAUGAACUCGCAGAUGAACUCGUCGCGCACGCUCGCCGACAUCAUCGAUCCACAGAUCCCGUCGACGUCUGGCAUGGGUCAUUCUCAGCAACAGUCUCAACGGCAACAGCAGCAACAGCAGCAGCAGCCGCAACUUUCUAUAGAUCCUAGCGUCAGAAGGUACAGGACCGCCUUCACGAGAGAGCAACUAGCUCGUCUGGAAAGAGAAUUUAGACGAGAAAAUUAUGUGAGCCGACCGAGAAGGUGCGAGUUGGCUGCGGAGCUCGGCCUGCCGGAAUCAACGAUAAAGGUGUGGUUCCAGAACCGUCGCAUGAAGGACAAGAGACAGCGGAUGUCCAUGGCGUGGCCCUUUCCGCUCUAUUCGGAACCUGCGCUAGCGCUGCUCGCGGCCGGGCUGCAGCCCAUGGUCUACCCGCCCGGCGUCGCCGGGGCGGCGAACGUACCGGCGACGGCACACCUGGCACCCUCGGCGACACCGUUCUCGAGCGCGAUCGCCGCUGCCGCGGCUACCUACUGUCGCUACGGGUAUCACCCGUCCACGUCGUUCCAAUUGCCUCGACCGACGCGCGUCACUCCGUACCCACUACCGUCCUCGCAUCUGCCGCCGCCGCCGGCUCUGCUGAAUAUGUCCAACGUCGCCGGCCCCGCCGGCUUCCACGCGAUGAGCAACCACCCACCGCCACCGACCACCCUGGCGUACCGGCCGGUGUUGCACGAUCAGCACAGCCCGACGAACUCUGACACCUCGACCAGCGACUGCGUCGACUACGACAACGCGGCUUGCAGCGCGACGUGCCUGCAGCAGUCGCCGUUGCACCCGCACCACUCGGCCCAGCAACAUCCGCAUCUGCAUCCGCAUCCGCAUCCGCAUUCGCAUCACUUGCACCACGCGCACCACGUGAGCGUGCCCACGACCGUCGCGUCGACGUCCCUGCUGCCGCAGCGGGACAGGUUCGCCAUCACCGGCGACGAGAUCCAGCAGCCGCAGUUGAGGCUCAACGGUAUGAGCGUGCCGGUCGUAGCGGUACUGCCCUUCGAGAACAACGCGAGCACCUCGUACAAUCACGUGUCGAUCCCUUCGACGUCGGGGAUCUCCUCGUCACCGCCCCCGUCGCUGAACAAGCCCGAGCCGGAGCAGCAGCAGCAGCCACCGCAGCCGGCGCAGCCCAAGUUGUUUCAGCCGUACAAGAACGACACCCCGGACAAGCCGGAUCAAAACGGUACGAUGUAAAAUAGCUGCGAACGUGACUAUGUGUAAUUACGACGACUGAUUGCAAUCGUACACAUCAAUUAUGUGUACAUCUGUAUAUAUGCAUGAACGCGCUCCCUCUCAAUUACCUGUUUACCGUGUUACGUCACUUCGUACACUACGCGGCUAUUCUUUGCGCGUACACGGACGCGACGUUUGUACAUACGUAUUACGAUAUUCGAUAUCUGGGGCCGGGUCCGAAUACAAGACGUGGAAAAGACCACGUCGUAGAUCCGCUCUGUCCCCUAGGGACAGUUUCGCAAACGUCGGUCAACUGCUAACCGAAGGAUAAUUGAUCCUCUUCUUAGGCCCGGUAUCACCAAACGUCGCUUAACUUUAAUCUUAGUUUAAUUCGCGUUCGUCUCUUUCUGAA